CGGAACCUCCAAAAUCUUUAAAAUAUUAUCCAAACAAAUUUUGUGUAACCGAAGAUAGAACAUUACGAAAAUAAUUUUAUGAAAUAAUGACGUAUUUUGCUUGUAGUAUAAUAUUUAAUUAUGUAUUUGUAUUUAUCAUUUAUAUUUUAGUGUAAGAUUUUAUUAAUUAAUAUUUCUGUAAUAUGUUUAUAUAUGUGCUAGUUAUUUAAAAAAAAAUUACGGAUUUGAUUUAUUAUGACAAAUAUGAAGACUAUAGUGUAAAAUACAAAUAAUUUUGGAAAAUUGCCAAAAUACCACAUUCAUAAUAUCAUUUUUCAUGUUUACACUAACCAUUUUUACACUCACUUUAUUGAAAGAUAAAACACAUUUAUACCUCUAAGAUUAGCUAAUCUAAACAUUUUUUAAAAUUUUAUUGAUUUAAAAAUAUAGAAAAUAUAAAAUUACAAAAAAUUAUGUAUUUAUAGCUAAAUUUUAAUAUAUUUUAUUAAAAAAUGUGAAAAAUUAGGAAGGGAGAGAGUAUAUUGUCAGCCGACAAGUAUUGCCAUUUGCAUAAAGUCAUCUUAUUUUAAGAAAAAAAUAACUAACGGUCCAGUAUUCACAUGCGUGAACAUUUUUCAAAGCAGUACGCAAAUACUCGUGGAAAAAAGUACAUAAAUAAUUUAUUACUUAAUUUUGACAUACGUUUUGAUUAUUUUUGUUUGAAAAUUUUGUUUAAUAAAAUUAUAAUUACAUCCAUAGUUUAUAUAUUUUAAUUGUAUAUAAUUUUAUAUAAAUUUGUAUACAUUAUUUAUUUAAAUUAGUUUUAAAUUUUAGGUUUUAAAUUUCUUAAAAUUAUAAUCACUAUUCUAUAAAGAUUAUUCUAACUUAAAUAUUUAAAAAUAGAUGAAAAUUAUUUAUGAAAAUUUGAAUUUUUAGUUUUAUGCAUGUAUAUAAGUUUAGAUAUAUUUUUAAAAAUUGAUAUCUAGCUUUAUGUAUUUCAGUAAGUAGGGAACGAAAAAUAAAGAUAAAAUCAGUGUCCGUGCUUAUUUUACCUGGAAGUACGGACACGAAGGCAAUGGAUUAGAUAGAUAGGCACAUCGAACACGCAACACGUGAUUUCAAACACUUCGAUCACUCUGAAAUUGCCAUUCAAAUCUAGCCAAUUAGAGUCAGAACUUCUCAUGUGGACACGUGCGAUUCCCGCAGCUCAAACAUCAAUGUAUGCUUUGAUAACUCCAUGUGAUCAUUUCAGCUAAUUUAAAAUGAUGUGCUUUAAUGUGUUUGUUUUUAAUUCAACUGAGGGUUUAAGACUAAUUUAACCGAUUAAGCUACUCAAAUUACUGAAAUUAGUAUAAACUGAGUACUAAUCGAUUGUAAAUAAGGAUUGUUGUUACUUUGUAUAUAAUAAUAUGCCAUUGACACACAUCAAAGUCAUUGUUUUUAAAUUAAUGGAAGUAUGGAACUAUUAUGAAUUAGUUAACCAAUUGUUUCAAUUAUAAAUUUAUAAUUAAUCUAUUAAAAACAACCUAAAGAGAUAACUGGAACCAGUACAAUUCAGGUUAACUGGAAAACAGUGGUUCUCGGUUAUAAGGAUCCGGCAAAAAGAUAACAACAUGCAAAUUGAAAAAUCAGAAAAAACAUUGUGGAAAAAAGAUAUGGAAACAGAAAGCUCUGACGCCAAUGAACACUAGUGAUAGACAAAACCAAUUAUUCGUGACUUCAUGAGGAUAUGUCGACACUUCACCACUAUCGCAGGAGUCCCGCAUCCACAAACGCCAUGAUCUAGAAGAAGAACCGACUUAACCGCUGCAAAUGGCUUUGUAGCUUCGCUGUCUCACAUUCAAACAUCUUGGCACCCCUUCACAGACCAACGGCUAAUAUAGUUAUAACUUAUAGGGUCUAAACUAUGUCUCUAAUGGCCCAUUUGAAACAAACGCCAGGAUCGACAUUCCCCUUUUAUAUGGGCCGUCAUUUCUCAUUGAUUGUAUAAUUCCUAAGGAAAAACCAGGUCGCUUUUCCUUUAGUGUAAUUUAGUUGAGAUCUAACCAAUAUUUUUAAACCCGACCCGGAUAUUGAACCGGACGACUUACCGGAUCGUUGGAUUACUGGAUCGACUGCGGAUGAACCGCGAAUUAAUAAAUAAAUUAAUUUUAUUAUAUAAUAAUAUAUUAGCUAUGAAAAUAAAAAUAUAAAAACUAAAGUUUAGUAUUUUCUAAAUAUUUUUAAAACAUAAAAUAAUAGUUUGGAUAUGUAUAUACUUUAUGUUUAAAAAGUAUUUAACAAAUACUUAACUUUAAUUUUUAUAUUUUUAUUUUCAUUUGACAUGAAAAAUAUCAAAAAAAAUAGUUUAGACUAUUUAAAAUUUUCUGUAACAAAUUAAGAGUUAUGACAUCUAAAAAAAUCAAGAUAUAAAACUCACAAAUUUUAAUGUGAAGAAAUAAUCAAGAUUACAAACAUCUAAUGUGAAGAAUAAAUUAACUUCAAAUUCAAAAUAAACUAAAAUUAAAAGAUCAUUGUAAUAAAUUAUCAAUAACAGAAAUAAACUAACACCAAAUCACAUCAACUAAAUUUGAUUAUCUCUAUCAUCGUUCAUUUUAUUUUUUGGCAUAGUGAAAAAUCUUUUUCAAAAUUUAAAAAUCACAAAUACAAAACUGAAAAUGGAAAACCUAACAUCUUUAUUUUUGUCAGCACCUAACUUUUUAAUUGAAAACUUAGAAUAUAAAACAUAAUCUAAAAAUUAAAAAAUGAGUAAAAGUUAUUUAUUGGUUCAACCGACGGUUCAAGCGGUAUCAGGUUCCGGGUUUUAGUAGAUUUUUGCGGGUUUUUACGGGUUUCUAAAUAUUGGGUUUUUCAUAAAACCCAAACCGAAUUUUUUCUGGGUCACCGUGAUUACUGGUUCAACCGCGGAUCCGGAUUGGAUUUCAAAACACUAGAUCUAACUAAACUGCCAACCAGUAUUUUGAAAUCCGAUCCGGACCCGCGGUUGAACCGGUAAACCCGGUGACCCAGAAAAAAUCCGGUUUGAGUUUUAUGAAAAACCCAAUAUUUAGAAACCCGCAAAAACUCACUAAAACCCGGAACUCGAUACCGAUAAUGCUGGCCAAUGGUGUUUCAAAAAAAAAAAAAAAAAAAAUUAAACUGCCAACGACACCAAUGCACCACUAACUUUAAUAUGGUAAAUAUUUAUCGGACAUUAAGACACAUCAUUUUCAGCUCUUCUGGUCUUUUUAUAUUUCCUUUUCCGCUUUCCCCAAAUUUGAUUGUUUUUAUACUUCCUGAAUUUUAAACUUUUCAUUUGGUACAAGACAAGUUAUUUUUCCUACAUAAAACAUUGAAAUCGAUAUUUAUUAAAUCCUACUUACCACAAAUGUGUACAUUUUAUGAUGUCUAUAAUAUAGGUCUCAGUAUGUAGGAUAAUUAUCUAAAAUAUAUGGUGUUUAUUUGACGGUGUAAAGCUACACGAGCCAUUUGUCAGAUUCUAACAAGAGAAUCUUAGUAGUAAUCACGCAAAGAUAAGAUCUUUGCCUCACCAUUUAAAGCAAACAAACUUUGUCAUAAGACUCAUAACCUUACAUAGGACAUCAAAGUCACAACUAACUUUUUCUCUUUAAAUCUCCACCUAUUUAUAAUUUACACGCUUGUUUGUUUUUGACUGAUUUCCUAUGUUAAAUGCAUAUAGCAAUAUUAUGUUAAAAUUAUUAUAAAUAUCCGAUUAAGGUAUACAAGAUGAACACAGCUUAUAAAGCCUAUAAAGCAUAGAUAUGUAGGAGCUAAAGUUGUAAUGUUAAGUUUCGUACAAUAGCUAACUAUAUAUAUUCAAACAAUUUUCAAUAUUAACGAAAUGUAUGUAAGUUUUUUGGCAAAAUGUUAAAUAAAAUAUAUGUAAGCCAACAAAUAGCGGACACCUUUUCAAUUUUCUUAUAUUUGUAGUUGAGAAACUAUAUAUGCAAUGAAUAUUGUAAUAGAAAGAUAGUAUUAUUUUGAUAUUAAAAAGCUUUUUUGCUAAUUUAAAAUGUGAAAUUUAAAGUUUACAAUCAAAUUGUGUACCCUCUUACUCUCUGUGCAAUUUCAAAUGGUUCAACAUACUUUUUCAUUUACUGAAAAUGAUAAAGAUAAAUGGCAUAUCUAUAUAUUUCGGGUCCAUCUCUAUAUUUAUUAUUUACAUCAUUAUCUAUCAACCCCAUCUUCUCUUCUUAUUCUCCAUCUUCUCUACUGAGAUUUUUCUUUAACAAAAAAAAAACUCAUCCUUGAAUGCACGGUGGUGCAUGGAUGUGGAAUCAUAGCAAAAACGAAGAACUGGAGGAUGAUGAUGAAUCUUGGGAAGUCAAAGCUUUCGAGCAAGACACUAAAGGCAACAUCUAUGGUACCACUUGGCCUCCAAGAUCUUACACUUGCAAUUUCUGCCGCCGUGAGUUCCGUUCUGCUCAAGCCUUAGGCGGUCACAUGAAUGUCCACCGCCGUGACCGUGCCUCUAAGGCUCAUCAAGGUCCAGCGGUUAGAAGCGGUGGCGGCAGCGGAGGCGGUAGGACAACGUUUCUCAGUUCUUGUGUUCCACCGUCGACAACGCUUAUAAUCCAAUCCACGGCGAGUAACAGUGAAGGCUUCUCCCACUUCAACCAAUUGCAAAACCCUAAUGGCAUGUUUGGUAAUUCCAGUGAUAUGGUGAAUUUUUAUGGUACUACGCCGUUUCCUUCGAGCAACCUUGAGUUUUCGUUGUUGAACUCGUCGGUAGAGGUUCCUCCUAGGCUUAUACAAUAUCCGACAGGAGAUGAUGAGAAAGCUGGCUCGAUGAAAGAGACGACGAGAACAUCAGUGAAUGAGCCUGAUCUUGAACUUCGACUAGGGCACAAGCCACCGUGACAUUUCACAUUCGUGACACACUUGAGGCCUUUCAUAUCCAUAUCCAUUCAUACAGAGGCCUUUGAUCUUGAAGUUUUUCUGGUCCGUGAAGGCACUGCAAGUGUAACGCGUAAAUGUUCAAUGCUCGAGAAAGGCAUUAUGAGAGCGAGAGAAUAGAGAUUAAUGUUGAGGAAAAAUGAUCUUACCUCUACCUAAAUUUUUCUUGGUGAUGUUGCUUCUGCGUGUGUGCAUGUAUCUAUUUCUCGAUCGCAGUUAUAUAUACUUAUAGUUCGUUUUAAUCUAUAAAAUACAUAUAUAUAGAACAAAGAAACGUUACCAUAAACUUAGGGUAAAGGCAACAUGAGUCCAGAAAUGGAAGAAGAUUUGAGGACCACAAAUGGAAGAAGAGAUAGAGAAGGCAUGUGAAUUCUUUUUAAUUCGUUGCAUGUUGCUUCUUACUCAGAUCUAUUUCUGUCUCCACAUUCAUCUUUAUUUAUUUAUUUUCUGUUUCAAUAUAUCAAUAUAGUAGUACUCUCUUUUCACUAAUUUUUUUACCCGAAUUUUGGUACAACUACCAAAAAUUGUAAAUGUUUUUUUUUGACA